UGCGUCAUGAAAUUACUGAGCACUCGCUCGCCAAAAUUACGUCUGCUCUGCAGGCUAUUUGCAGAGCCAUUCAUUAGUGAACCAUUCGAUUUGGUGAGCCAUUCAAUAUUGCGACAUUCACAUUUGCUAUUAUUAAUUUUGAACCGAUCCACUCGCCAUAAACUUCUUGGCUGUUGCUAAUCAGCAGGUACUUUCUUGACUGUUCACCAGUCUUCUCAUGUUCCGACGCCUGAAACUAUUGAUAUGUUUGCGUUGUUUUUAUAGGUAUGAGGCAGCAUGAAACCGCGUGGGUCUUUUCGACUGUUUGUGCUCUGUUUCCUCAUCAGGGUAACCUUGUCACAAGUAGGAAUCGAUCGAAAUGAUCUAGGAGACCUGUACAAAGCUUUAACGAAUGCUUUGUCCUUCUGCAACAAUGAAUACAACAAUUUGGAUUCGAACGCCUUACUUGGGCUCCGUGUGGCACAAGGUAGAGAUCAUAUAAUUUAUGAUACUGGUUUUGAUUAAUUUCGUGUUGAAAUUAUUGCAAGGAAUGAACAUUUUCUUUAUUUUUGACCCAUAAUUUCCUGUCUGUAACUUUCUGACGGAUUCGGUUCUAAUAGCAUUAUUUGUUCAUAGUUAAUAGAAUUUAACCCUAAGAGGGGAGGUAAUUCCUGUCGAUAGGCUAAUUAGGAUGUGCCACUGGAUGGGGUUACAUUUCCAUGUCUGGAUUGACUAUAAUGGGCGUGCAUUUUCAAUAAUAGGAGUUGCCAUAAUUGGGUAAUUUGAAAUUAUAGACUGAAUUGAUAAGGUAAAUUGGCUACGGUAAAGAGUUUAAAAGCUGAUGUCGAGCGUUAGCCCUUCAUUAGAGCCCAAAGGGCUCAGCUUUUAAACUCUUUAUGGAGGCUAGUUUACAGCAUCAACUCAGUGGAUAUUAAUAAAUUAUCCUGUUAUACUCUCCCACCACAGUUUCAGCUCCACAGUUUCUUUUUGACCCCCUUUACCACAAUAGGGCUGCACUAGUUAACCCUUUACACCCUAAGAUCAGUAUGUAUGUUCUCUAUACUGUUUUCUAUAAAUUUCCUAAAGUGCUGACAAGGUGAUUUUACUUAACAAUCAAGGGCUUGUUGAUCAUUUCCCUUAUUCUUGUGAUCUUAAUGAUUGAUUCAGUGAUGAUACUGUGAGGAGAAAUUAGAUGCUCAUCAUAUACAUAAACAUACUUACGUAAUACGUAAACAGGAUUAGGGUAAGGAUUAUGAUUAGCCACAAAAUUAACCACAAUGGAGAAGGGGUUGUGAGAGGCCAAUGGCACAUAGCCAGCAAAAAUUGACUCAAGUUAACUCUCCCUCCCCUCCUUGGUGAGAACGAAGGUAUAUCUUUCACCCUUGCUAUGUUUUAUCUUUGAAAUCCUGCAAAAUUUGCUUUUCGAACUCCAUCUGAAGAUCUGUUCUUUACUGCUGUUACUUUUGCUAGAUAACUUUGUUUAAGGUGUGAACUAGGUUAGUCACUAAAUAAUCUCGAUUGGCCAAUCGAAUUAAAUUUGAUCAGCUUGACUCUAAUUCCCACUGAAAUAACACAGUGCUUUACAGAUUUAUCUCUGUGAUGUGCAAAUUAUGAUUGUUCUAGCAUAAAACAUCUGUUUUUUCAAGUUAUUGUAGUUGUUGUUGUUUUUUGUAACUAAAUUAAUCUUGAGUUUGUAAUUAAGCCUAGUGAAGAGCUUGUCUGAUGGCUGAGGUACCUUCACCAGUAUUUUAACCCUUAAACUUCCAUUAGAACUGAUUGUUAAAAGAAAUUCUCCUCUCUAGCUACCACAUGUUUCCUUGUAAAUAAGUUGCAAGAAUUUUGUAUUUGAUAAAUAUAACAACUUCUGUAUAAGUUUGAGUAUUCUCAUCACCUGUUUGCUGGAUUAUGCAUGGAUAAUAUAGGGAGAAGUUACAUGUCUAUCACCUCUGGGUUUUAAAGGUAAUUAGUCCACUAAAGGACACCAAGAGGACUUUAGGUCAGCUAUUUCCAGCCAUAAGCAAAUGUUUUGAAUAGUUUUCAAUCAUUUGACUUUAGAGUUUGGAAUCCUCUUAUGUGGGAACAAGUGUCAUCAGAACUAGUUUCCCUGGACUCCUGAACAAGCCUGAAUUGUUUAUGGCCUUGUUUCCUCUCCUGCUUUAAUUAUUUAACUCCAAGUCUGAAUUUCUCCUUACAAUAUCAAUGCAAUAUUAACCUGAUAAGUGAUUAUGGUCAGGAAAAGAAAAAUAUCAAUUUGGGGAUAAUUAGUUGAUCCAAUACCAAAUUCUCUGAACUAACAUAAGAAUUGUAUGGUUGACAGUAAGGAGAAUUAAAGAUUUGAUCUGGGAGUUAAAGGGUUAAUAGUGUUCAUUACUGUAAAGAUCACUCUCAUAUUCUUUUUCUAAUCCACAGUUCAAACAUAUGAUCUUUAUGUAUGCACAGCCAUCUAUUCAUUACUUUGCGGGUUUAUUACAAAUUAACAAAAUGACCAACUUCCAGUUGGCUUAUUGGCUCAGUUGGCAGAGCAUUGCAUUAGUAUUGUAAGGGUAAUGGGCUCAAAUCCCAUACAGGCCUGAAUUUAUUUAAAGCUUUAUUUUCACUACUGCCUCAGUAGUGUCUACAUUUUCAGUUAAAAUUGUCUUACUUAUCGUUGAAUCUUAAAAAGUGUCUUAUCUCCCUUGCAGGCUUUAGCAAGUACUGAUUCCCAUCAAUAACAAAGUUAUCCAUUUUUCCUGAGUAGUUAAUUUGAAAUUUAAGAUUCCUUUUACUGUAUUGAUACAUUUUCAGUCUGAUUAUGGGUAAUUUCACUGUUUACUCUCAGUGCUUGUUUUUUGUUUUUUUUUUCCUUUUGUGAUGUUAACAAAUGUUUUCCAAAAUAUGUUUUGUUUGACUUUUAUCUUUCAUUUUUUCACAUCCAAGGUUACAUCCACAGAAUUUUAGCAGAUACUGAAAAUGGCGAAAUUAAACUCGACCAAGAUGUUUAUAGCAGCAUGAUAAACCUGCAAAACAGGACGACUGAAGUUGUAGAACGCAUGCUUCCUUUUCUCUGGAAACAGGAUCCUUUGUUUUAUCCAGUGCUGAAUUCUUCAUGGACUUACUUCAAACCUUACAAAUUUCUGGAACCACAGGAUGUUGUUGAGAGACAAAAGAUCAAACCUGGCGAUGAAGAAAAAUAUUCCAACUGUGUCGGGGAAAUUGUAGGGAGUAAGGAGAGCUCUAUGGAGCCCUGCACCAUAUCUGAUGAUUGUUGGGGAAUUAUGAAGUCAAAGGGUGCUCCUAAUGAAGUGCUCUACUAUCAAGCUUUGUUCUUCCUCUUAGGGGAAGCUUCAGGUACAUACAUAAUUUAUGUUUUCUUUCAUAGCACCCUCCGAACGUAACCCUUUACACCCUAGUAUCAGUAUGGGUUUCUCCAUAUUGUUUUGUAUACAUUUCCUAAGGUGCUGACGAGAAGAAUUUGUGUAAUUAAUGAUCAAGAGCUUCUUUAGUUAGAGAUCAUUUCCUUAUUCUUGUGACCUUCAUGUUAGAUUCAAGGGUGAUAUCAUACAGAGAAAGUAGAUGCUUGUCAUUUGUAGGCUGUGAAAUGGUUUAAUCCCUGGAAUGCUCAGUAAUUAUUACUUUUUCUUUUAAAAAAUAUCACAGACUACUUAAUAUGUUGUUAUCAUGGUCACUUCCAUAGAAUCAACCAAUUUUUUUCAUAAGAAAUGAACAAUGAUUUCAAGAAGGUUCAAUUACAUCACCACAUGUAUAUAACUUGUCAAUGUGUGUAUACAACCUGCUUUUGUGGUUGAAUACAUUGACUGUGUUUCUGAGCUGCUUAGCUGUAUCUCAAAAAGGAAUGUUAAUGCUGGCAAUUUAAGUUCUAACAAUUUUUAUCAUCAUUAUAAUCAUUAAUAGUAUUCCUAUGAUAUUUUUUUUGUUGUUGUUGAUAUGUUUAUUUAUUUUACCUCAGUUAGUACAUGCUUUCUGAUUGGUCAAUUUAACAGGCUGUAUUUCACUGCACAGUCUGCUAAAUUAUAAAGUUUAUUUGAAUCAAAGUUAUCCACCUCUACACCUUGUGUUUGAACCCAGAGGUAUGAUAGCUAUCUUACUAACCUUAUUUUUCCACUCAAAUUUAUGGUAUUCUGGGCAGAAAACUAAGCAGAUAAAACUUAGUCCAUAAGUUAUAGUGCAGACCUUGAACUCAGUUCAGUUAGAGUUAUUUAAUAUUUUCUUUCUAUUUCUUUACAUUGGUGGCAAACAAGGCUGUCAUCACAAGCUGUUAUCAAGAAUAAAAUCCUCUGGUGAUAACCUAGAGAACCACCUGCAGCACAUCUGCACCUUGGCUUAUUUCACUAAUUCACGGACUCUGUUUUAUGGUGAAGAUGGUGAUUCAGUGGAUCUCAUGUUAACAUUGAAGUUGAGCUUUAGUUGUGGAUUGUUGGGUUACUAUGAACUUCUCACAGGGGAGGGAUUAGCAAAUGUUAUAGGCUGGCAGCUGAAUAGUGGAUGUUUUGGAGAUAACAGCAUAAUAGAUGAAGAAAAAACGAGGUGUGUAAGUUACAAUAAAUCUGCCUCAAACUUUCCUUAGACUCAAUUAAAAAACACAUACCUUACUCCUCUUAAAGAAGAAGUUAUUCUUUCCAAACUACGUUUAUUUACACCUUUGCAUAGCUUUAUAAUUACAUUUAGUAGUUACAUUUAGUGGUUUGAUUAAUGCAUUAACCCUUUAACUCCCAAGAUCUGAUUGUCAAUUCUCCCCUCUAUCUGCUAAACAUUUCCUUGUAAACAAGUUACAAGAGUUUGGUGUCAGAUCGAGAUAACAACGUAAAUCUGAUAAGUUUGAAUAUUCUCAUGACCUUUUUGUUGGAUAAUGUUUAGAUACCAUAGGGAGAAAUUACUUGUUAAUCACUUCUGGGUUAACAUGUAUGUUCUCCAUACCACUCUCUAUACAUUUCACAAGUGCUGACAAGGAGAAUUUGUUUAACAAUCAAGAGCUUCUUUAGUUAGAGAUCAUUUUCUUUAUUUGUGUGACCUUAAUGUGUGAUUAACAGUUGAUGCUGUGAGGAGAAAUGAGAUGUUCUGUACUCUUAGAGGUCAAACGGUCAAAACAGGAACAUGUAGAGAUCAUUUGACUAGAGAAGUCCUUGACAACAUUGUUUAUAUUGUUUUCACCAUCAGUGAGACGAACACAGGAAAAGGAAGGCGAGAAUUGAGGUCCUCCUACCUUGGAAGUGAGUAUCAACUGUCUGCUUGGCUGCUUGCCUGACUGACUGAUCAAGUGACGAACUGACAGAUUGACUGAUGAUGGCACAGAGACAGCUGGGAAGUUGGGCAGUUAUUGAACGGUUGGAAGCACUUAUGAGCAGGCCCUGGUGAAAGGGAAGGGAGAAAGUUGUCCUUAGAUAGAGUUAGCCACUUUCAAUAAUUAUUUUUUAAGCAGUCACCAGAAGAGCAAGCUUUAAGUUGGUGUCUAUGCCUACUAACAGCUGUUGUUAGUUUGACUUAACAGUAAAAGUUCCACUCACUGAAAUACAAUACUAUGGAGUCGACUGACUAAGAUUCAGAAGCUCAUGGAAUUUCCACUCAAGUGUCCCUUAAUAUGUGGAUUUUACACCUUUUUUUGGACCCUUUAAAGUGUAUGCUUCCUAAGAGAGAAAUGUUUACUUAUGAGAAUGUGCAUGGAAUGGUGAGGAGAGAGCAGAGAGAUUUCACUGCAUUAUGAAGCUGCAAGACAGGACUGGGGGACAUUGUACAGUUCUGAAGAGGGAGGGGUGGGAAAGUUUUGUUGGAGGAUUGGUUAUCAACCACAAAAAUACAAUCAUUAUAAAACUUGUAAAAAAGAAACCUCCUUUUAUUUGAUUUGUUUCAAUUUGACCUGAUAACUUUCAGAGAAAAUCAUGAUAUUUAAAAUCAGGCUGUUUGUUUCUUUGUUUGUUUUUUGCAGAAGGUUGCUUUAGUGACAUCACUGGAGUGGGCAUAGGACUUCUAUCCCUAUACCUGAGAUGGGUCCUGGACCCUCCACCUCAGGUCCAGCCGGUAGAUCUCAUAGAGAGUGCCAAAGAAGAUGCCCAAACCAUAUCAGUCUACAUGUACAUUCUUCUCUUUGUCACUGCAGCUUUUCUCUUUGCCAUCAGAGGAAGAAUUUUGGAAAUGGUUUCUUUCUUUAGAGGAACAAAAAGCUAUACGGUAGAGAGGUUACCAAGUUAGAAAAAUAAAAAUUAGGGAUGGUUACUAUUUUUAGUCAAAGGUAUGAAAAACACUGUAGGUCACUCAAAGAGAUAACAUUUUAUCAUUUAAAAUGUAGAAUGUUUAACAGAAAAGGAGAUGCUAUCCAUACACAUGUGUGGAUCUGACUUUUGCGAGCCUUUAGAUUAAGGCGUUAAACCCUCUAGGAGUGAUUAGCAUCUAAUUUCUCCCCACAAUGUCACCCCUGAGUGACACAUCAAGGUCAAAGGAAUGAAAGAAAUGAUCACCAACUAGAGAAACUUUGGGUUGUUAAACAAAUUCUCCUUGUCAGCGCCUUAAGAAAUGUAUAGAGAAUGGUAUCGAGAAUUUGGAUACUGAUGUUUGGGUGUAAAGGGUUAAGAGGAGUUAAUAAGGCAGUACCAUUUUUAGGUAGCUGCAGGCUCACUGCACAGUGACUGGUGUUGUAGCAUGGUUAUGUAAUUACAUGUACUGGUUGACAUGAGCAGCGGCAUUUCAAUUUUAUUUAAUCAUUUAGCAAUGCAUUAAAUUGAGCUAUUUAUGGAAAGUGACUCUCUAGCUUAGAAGAGCUGUUGUAUUACAGUCAAAAAUAGAACCAAGGCAUCAUGUUUACCCUUCCAUUCAUAAGAGUGCUGAAAAGUAGCUUCUCCUUACAACAUCACUGUACCGUGAAGUAGAGAGGGCAAUUAGAAAUGGAUGGAAAUUAAUACCUCUUUGACUCCUAAGAGUGACUAGCAUGUAAUUUUUCCUUACAAUAUCACCCCUUAAUCACACAUUACGGUCCCAAGAAUAAGGGAAAUGAUCACCAACUUAACAACCACUUGCUCGUUAAACAAAUUUCUCUGGUUACCCCUAGAACAGUAAGGAGAAUCUACAUACUAAUGUUAGGGUGUAAAGGCCGGGUUAUAGGGGCUCCUUUUCCACUAUAAACACAAAGCUCUCAGCGUCUGAAUAUAAGAAUUGUAUUGCAGAACAGACCUUUCCUGCCUAUCAUUUAAUCAAUGUAGCGUAACAGUUAAUUUCUGCUACUGUCAAAAACAGUUCAAUUUAUAAAGCUCAAACUAACAGCUAUAAUUUAUUUAAACUCUGGUGUUAAUAUUACCGGCC